AUGUUUCGUUCUGGAGCGUUGUAUAUUACGAAACGAUCUAAAACUUUACCAUCAACACAAUAUUCUAGGAACUUAUCACAAAAUGUAUUAUUUGAACCAGAAAAACCUGAAAUAAAAACAUCUGUACCUGGGCCAAAGUCAAAAGCUCUACUUAAAGAGUUAUCCUCACUUCAGCAAGCAGAUUCUGUACAGUUGUUUGCUGAUUAUGACAAAAGCUUUGGCAAUUAUUUCGUCGACGCAGAUGGCAACGCGUUCUUGGACGCUUUUACCCAAAUUUCUUCAGUGCCUAUAGGAUAUAAUCACCCAGAGUUAUUGAAAGCUUUCGACGACCAACACAAUUUGAGAUCUUUGGUCAACCGACCAGCUCUCGGAGUGUUUCCGGGCGCAGACUGGCCGCAGAAAUUAAAGAAUGUGUUGAUGGCAGUGGCUCCACGCGGGCUUAAUGGCGUUUCAACGAUGAUGUGUGGUUCAUGCUCUAACGAGAAUGCAUAUAAAACUGUUAUCAUGUGGUAUCGUAAGAAAGAACGCGGAGGAAGUAUUGACUUUACCCCCGAAGAGAUGGCUUCGUGUAUGGUCAACCAGCCACCUGGUUCGCCGAACCUAUCGAUUAUGUCUUUUGAGGGUGCUUUCCACGGUCGUACAUUUGGAGCACUCUCAACGACGAGGUCGAAACCCAUUCACAAGUUAGACUGCCCUGCAUUCGAUUGGCCGACGGCACCUUUUCCUAGAUACAAGUAUCCCCUCGAUCAACACCAACGUGAAAACCAAGAGGAAGAUGAAAAAUGCCUCGAGCAAGUAGCAGAUGUUAUCGAAAAAUACAAGAAGAAAGGUAAUCCAGUGGCAGGGCUCAUCGUAGAGCCUAUUCAGUCUGAAGGCGGCGAUCACGAGGCUUCUCCCGAGUUCUUCAGAAAAUUGCAGAAGAUAUGCCAACAGAAUGGCGUAUGCUUGAUCAUCGACGAAGUGCAGACUGGGUGCGGCCCCACUGGCAAGAUGUGGUGCUACGAGCACUUCGAUCUGCCCGCGCCGCCCGAUGUCGUCACCUUCAGCAAAAAGAUGUUAACGGGCGGAUUUUACAUCAAUAUUGAGCAAAAACCAUCCCAUGCGUACAGAGUGUUCAACACGUGGAUGGGCGACCCCGGCAAGUUGAUUCUGUUGGAAAAGGUGUUGCAAGUUAUUAAGAAUGAGAACCUGUUGGCUGUCGUCAAUGAGACCGGGAAAGUUUUGAAAAAUGGCUUACAUGACCUGGAGAAAGAAUUUCCUAGUAAAAUUAACAGCGUGCGAGGCCGCGGUACAUUUUUAUCCUUCAAUUCUGAUUGUCGAGAUAAAAUAAACGCAGAUUUAAAGAAAAAUGGUAUUCUAGGAGGCGUGUGCGGUGAAAAUACUAUACGUCUUAGACCAGCUCUAGUCUUCCAGAAGAAACACGCAGAAUUAUAUUUAGAUAUCUUACGUAAAACGUUAAAAGAAAUA